UCGUCACUUUGCCUAUGGGAGUGGGCACACCGUGUCCGGUAUGGUAUGUGUCCGGUAUGGACCAUGUGUUACCGUCAGUGCGUGUGUCUAUUGCUCCUGAUUAAUUCAUAAUAGCCAUCAGGAAUUUACUCGAAAUUCGGUACAUUAAUGAAACGAUAAAUAAACAUGAAAUAGCAGGUUGAAAAGUCAAAUUUUUAAAGGAUUUCAACGUAGUGAAUAGAUUUUUUUCACCCACUUUCUUUUCGUCCUUCUUAUGUUCUAAUGGUUUCAUAACGGGUGAAAAAAAGUAUUGAGACUAUCUCUUUACUGUUUUCUUACAUACGUGUUCUCAAGCAAAAACUUUGUGGCGUUGUAAUUGCCGUAUCAAGAUGGCGCAUACUUUGACACCAAGCGUCAAUUGUUCACUUGACGACAUUGAUUUAAACGCUCUGAAGGAUCCUGCAGGAAUUUUUGAGCUCAUUGAAGUUGUUGGAAAUGGUACAUAUGGACAAGUUUAUAAAGGUCGUCAUACCAAAACCGGACAAUUAGCAGCUAUCAAAGUUAUGGACGUCACUGAGGACGAAGAAGAAGAAAUAAAAUUAGAAAUUAAUGUCCUUAAAAGGUAUUCAAACCAUAGGAAUAUAGCGACGUAUUAUGGUGCUUUCGUGAAGAAAUCACCACCAGGCAAAGAUGAUCAGUUGUGGCUUGUAAUGGAGUACUGUGGAGCGGGUUCUGUAACAGACUUAGUUAAAUCGACCAAAGGACAGAGUUUAAAAGAGGAGUGGAUUGCUUAUAUUUCUAGAGAAAUUUUGAGAGGACUUAGUUACCUUCAUAGUAAUAAAGUCAUCCACAGGGAUAUAAAGGGUCAAAAUGUUUUACUUACAGACAAUGCUGAAGUAAAAUUGGUUGAUUUUGGCGUCAGUGCACAAUUGGAUAGAACUAUAGGCAGAAGAAAUACAUUUAUAGGGACACCUUAUUGGAUGGCUCCGGAAGUUAUCGCAUGCGAUGAAAACCCAGAUGCUACUUAUGAUAAUAGGAGUGACCUAUGGUCCCUUGGAAUUACGGCCCUAGAAAUGGCAGAAUCUCAACCUCCACUUUGUGAUCUACAUCCUAUGCGAGCGCUGUUUUUGAUACCAAGAAAUCCACCACCGAGACUUAAAUCUAAAAAGUGGGCAAAAAAGUUUCACGGUUUUAUAGAAACUGUCCUCGUAAAAGAUUAUCACCAGCGCCCAUAUACGGAACAACUUCUCAAACAUCCAUUCAUCCGAGACCAACCGACAGAGCGACAAGUGAGAAUACAACUUAAGGACCAUAUUGAUCGGUGCAAAAAACGUAAACAAGAAAAAGAACGAGAUGAUUAUCGAUACAGUGGCAGUGAAAAUGAAGAAGACGAACCAGCUUUGGCUGGGGAACCAUCUUCUAUAAUUCAGGCACCUGGUGGUGAUACACUUCGUCGAAAUUUCCAACAAAUUCAGGAGGGUAGAACAUUGACGCAGGAUAUCGCUGUUUCAGCAUCUGCACUGAAAGAUAAUAAACAGACAGGGAACAAAAUUGCCAGAGAAAUACCAGAACCUGGUCCUCCAUCUAGACCAGCUAUACCUCACAGACUCAUUGUCGUACCUGAUCCACAACCUCCAACGCGCCCGUUACCACCUACGCCACGCGACGAACCUGGUCAGUCACAUAAAGUUUCUACACCACCUUCAAAUCAUCAAUUGCCCUCGUCUGGAGGAAGCAGCAUAAUUGCCGGUGGACAAGCCGUGUCACAAAGAAACAGCCAUGUAUUCAAACCAACACCAUUAUCCAUUGAAAGUGACAGUGAUGAUGAUGUUGAAGAAGCUAGUGGAAAUAAUAUUAGGAAUGAUGGAACAUUACUCGCCAGUGAUCCACCGAAACCUUUACCAGCGUCAGAAUCAUCAUCAUCUUCAUCUCAUAAUGCCUACAAUUCUCAUCAUGAAGGUGGAGCUCCGAACCGUCCAUUACCGCCAACGCCAGAUGAAGAGGAAUCAGGCGACCGCACGCUAGUCAUGAAAAGAAACCGUGAUGGGGAUCGCAUGAGAUCAGGUACUGACUUUCAGAGGUCAGAAUCGUCGUCUGGAUCAAGGCCUUGCUCUGUUCUACCGGAUCUUUUGACAUCAUCUCCGAGUCAACGGCAAGACAAAUCUACGAGUGAAGAGUAUCGACAAGCAGUAAAGUCACCUCCACUUGCACUUCAACAAAAACAACGCUCCUUUCUAACAUUUGGAUUCGGAGCUGGUCCAACUAGAAGAGAGUCACAUGUCAAUGUGAAUGUAACACCGACUAGUCAUGAUUUAACAUCUGACACUCCAGAAAUUCGAAAAUAUAAAAAAAGAUUUAACAGCGAAAUUCUAUGUGCUGCACUGUGGGGUGUAAACUUACUGAUUGGUACAGAAAACGGACUUAUGUUAUUAGAUAGAAGUGGUCAAGGAAAAGUUUAUCAGUUAAUUAGUAGAAGACGUUUUCAGCAAAUGGAAGUCUUAGAGGGACAAAACAUUUUGGUGACCAUUAGUGGAAAGAAGAAUAGAGUACGGGUUUAUUACUUAUCCUGGUUAAAGAGUAAAAUUUUGCGAACCGAUGGGCAUAGCGAUCAAGUUGAGCGCCGAAAUGGUUGGAUAAAUGUCGGUGACCUUCAAGGAGCAGUGCAUUUCAAGAUUGUAAAAUACGAAAGGAUAAAAUUUCUUGUUAUUGCACUAAAAGAUUCGAUAGAAAUUUAUGCCUGGGCACCAAAACCUUAUCAUAAAUUUAUGGCAUUUAAAUCAUUUGGUGAACUUGCGCACAGACCACUUCUUGUCGACCUUACAGUUGAAGAAGGUACCAGGUUAAAAGUUAUAUAUGGAAGUGCUGAUGGCUUUCACGCCGUAGAUUUAGAUUCCGCAACUGUAUAUGACAUAUAUUUACCUAAACACACUCAGGGACCAAUUUGCCCACAUUGUAUUGUGGCACUCCCAAAUAGCAAUGGUAUGCAGUUACUUCUUUGUUACGACAAUGAAGGUGUAUAUGUGAAUACGUAUGGAAGAGUUUCAAAAACAAUGGUACUACAGUGGGGAGAAAUGCCAACCAGUGUCGCAUACAUUGGCACUGGACAGAUUAUGGGUUGGGGUAACAAAGCUAUUGAAAUUAGAAGCGUUGAAAGCGGACAUCUUGACGGUGUCUUCAUGCACAAGAAAGCUCAACGGCUCAAGUUCCUCUGUGAACGUAAUGAUAAGGUUUUCUUUUCCUCGGCAAAAGGUGGAAGUUCGUGUCAAAUAUAUUUCAUGACCUUGAAUAAACCAGGUAUGGCUAACUGGUGAUCCCAAAGGAGAUCGUAUAUGAUUUUUAUCAUCACCAACUAUAUGCGCAUCGAUCAAACUAAAAAUAAAACCGUUUUAUUGCCUGAGAAGAUACAUUUUAAGAAGAAGGUCCAAUCACUCUUCACUGCCACUAUCCAGAUAACUAGAAAUGUGUAUUCAUUGCUACAAAAGUAACAAUUUAAAUAAAAAUAAAGAAUAACAUUGUAAAAUGGUAUCCCUACUUGACUUAGCAGCGUAUUGUAAUAUUAUUAAAAUAUGGACGUAGCUUCAAAAAGCUUUGCGAUCUUUGUAUUUGAAUUACUCUUUAACAUUACUGUUUCGUAUACUCUAAAUAUCAUAUUGUAUUAUUUUGUUAAGCAGUUUUAUUUUGAUAGAGAAAAAUAUCAUCUUUAAUUACAAAUAACCAUGAUAUGAAUCUACUA